UAGAGAGAGAUCUGAACCACUUUCUCCUCCUCUCCAGUCUCUCCUGCCAGCACUGUCUCCUCUGGGCUGAGAGGAAGAUCUCGUGGAUCCGGACGGGGCGCAGGCAGGAGAGAAGCCCCUCCCCGCAUAUCAUCACACAACAAGGCGAUGGUCCUUUCUAACUUCAUUGUUGCGGGAGAAGCGACGCCCCGCUUUGCCACGGCUCAGGAUCAAACACCCCCUCUGAUCAGCGCGACCCCCAGUUUUGUUCUCAUGGAAAUCAGACCCUGCCUCCCGGCCACGUUUCGUGCAGAGAUGCAAAGUUGAAGCGCAUUCCCAGCCGGGACGGCGGAGGAGGAGGAUGUUUCGGAGGAGCUGAGCGUUCCGUUUCUACAUUUUCGGUGUGUUUCUUUUUGCGUUCCCGCUCGCCGCUCUCGGACCGCACACUCCCUCUCCAACAUGCUGGACUUGGCGCGGCGCAUUGUUUUUUGCGCGCUGCUCGGCUCCGUUUACGCGUCGUGCCCGCCGCGCUGCGAGUGCUCGGAGGCGGCUCACACCGUGAAGUGCGUCUCCAGAGACCUGCGGAGUAUCCCGACCGGGAUCCCCGGAUACACCAGGAAUCUGUUCAUAACUGGGAAUCAAAUCGGUCGGAUCGGCCCCGAGUGUUUUAAAGGUCUGGAGAAUGUGACCAACCUGUCUCUGAGCAAUAACAGAAUUUCCGAGGUGGAAUCCCACACCUUCGCCGGGCUCCGCAGCCUUCGCUCUCUGGAUCUGAGCAACAACCAGCUGGCGGUCAUUCACCCAGAGGCCUUCACCGUGCAGAACCAGUCUCUGCGGGAGCUCAACCUGAGCCGAGCCCUCUACAACCACUCGUCGGUGAUGGACUUGGCCACCUCUCUCCGCUGGAGCUCCCUGGGGAGCCUGAGGGGACUGGACCUCUCUGACAACAGCCUCAUCUACUUACCCUCACGCAUCUUCUCCCACCUGACCAGCCUGCGGCGGCUCCAGCUCUCCAACAACUCCCUGGUGGCCAUCCACAACUCCACCUUCUCGGGUUUGGAGCGCCUGGAGGAGCUGGACCUGACGCUCAACGCCCUCAAGACGGUGCCUGAGGAGGGUCUACGUGAGCUGGACUCCCUGCCCAGCACUACUCUUCUGCUGGGGGAAAACCCGUUCACAUGCAAGUGCGGGAUCGAACCUUUCGCUCUGUGGCUCAACAGAUCACAGGGACGUAUCAGGGAUGCUGAGGACCUGGUGUGUGCCUUCCCGGUUAGCAUGAGGAACACAUCCUUGCUUGCCGUGGGCACGCUGACCCUGGGGUGCCACCAGAGGAACGCAGGGGCCGACCUUGCCUUGCAGACCUCUUACGUCUUCUUGGGCAUUGUCCUGGGUUUCGUGGGCCUCAUCUUCCUAUUCGUACUUUAUCUCAACCGCAAGGGCAUCAAGAAGCGGGUGUACGACCUGCGCGACGCCUGCAGGGAGGUGUGGGAGGGCUACCACUACCGCUUCGAGCUGGACUCUGGCCCCAGGUUAUCACAGGUCUCUACGACCGGUGACAUGUGAGCGGACAGUCACCUCUGGUGUGUUUUCUAAUGACUCUUUUCUAAUGCAUUUAUCAGUAGCGAAAUGUAAAAAUUGUACAGAUUUGUCUGUAAAUAUAUACAUACAAUAGCGUUAUUAAUCCUUCUGCCUUGUCGAUUAAAGCAUGCACUGCCCAUCUUUCCUCAUUACACAACCAAUACGCUCCUUUAAUGCAGAAUAUGUCAGAUUGUUCGUUCUCUGAGUCAAAUGGAGGUGAAUGUUGUGAAGCGAGUUCAUUGAUCUCCACACAAAAGCAGCAAGUGCCUAAAGUCAGAUGGGUGUUGUUUCUGAAUCAAUGGAGUGAUCUGAACUGAACUCCACAUGGCACGUUUUCAUUCAUUAUUCCGUGUCAGAUCUCCAUGUUUAGCUGGUGAAAGAGCAACAAAAUGCUGCAAUAAAAAUUCUGACAGUACAAAAACAAACCUCUGGGAAUUUAAAGCACAAUCACCAUUGAACCAUUUCAAGCCCUCCGUCCUUCAGCCCCGGGGUGCCAGAGAGGUAUUAAGCCUCCAGAGCUUUUCCAAAAGCCCUCCUAAAAUCACCACUCUGCUCCUCUUCUGCUGUUGGAUUGGAUGGGAGGGGAGGGGGGUGGGGGACAAAUCAGCACAGACCAGCGGAAAUCUCCUAGCCCCCACAUUUUUUUUUUUUUUCAUGAAACGUUGCUUUGUUUCAACUCCUUGAGUUUUAUUGUCAAAAUGAUGAGAACCAGUCCCGGGCUGAGGCUGCUGAAAGCAAUCCCCCUCCCUCCUUAAAGACAACAGCCGCUCUGGAGGCUCUUUGAAGGAAUAGUCUGGCUCUCCAUGUUUUUCUGUUUAGGGGAUUUUUUCCAAUGAUAAGAUACAGAUGAUUCUGAAACACCAGCUACAUUGUUUCAUUCAGCAGCUUGCUCUGACCAGUUGAGGGGUGAGCAAAGAAAAAAAGAGUGUUCUCAUCCUUUUGGUUUUUCUAUACUUUUACAAUCGGUGGUUACGCUAAGAAAAGUGUGAAAGUUGUUUUCGUAGAGCAAUUCCUUAAAUAACACUGACAUCCAGAGAUGUGUGUGUCAAUUCAUGUGUUUCUCAGUCAAAUCCCAAGCCUUCCAUUUUACAUGCAUGUUUAAAUUGUAUUACAACGUGCAUGAAACCCAGACAAAACAUGGUAGUCUUCUUUUCUCAAAUGUCACAUGUGUCAUCCCUGUUUUUCCAAGUGGCUACAUUACAAAAGCAAUUCUCCGUGGCCUUUUGAUGCUGCAAAGUGAGACAAACACAGACAGGGAGAAGGGGUGGCAAGCUGCCAUUCUUCAAAGUGUUUAUUGCCCAAAUUGCUGGCUAUCUAGGUAUUUGGAAAGGGGUGGGGAAAGGAGGCCUGGAGGUAACUGAAACAGCUUACCAUUGUUCAAAGCCAAAGUAGCAUCUUCAGUCCUAUCAAGAUGUUCUCCAAACUCCUCUGAUAGCAAUCCAGAAAUGUUUAUAACACGGAGCCAUUUUUACCGCAUGUGUAAUGACAAAAUAAAGCUUCAGAAAGU